GACAUUUCACUAGGCUAGUUUUGUGUGGUUUUAAUUUAAAACGUUUACGCUUUUCUUCUAAUGCAUUAAAGGGACCCGUUAACAUGUAGAUAAGACUGUUAUAACGCGAAAGUGUAACUACUGUAGUUUGCUCAUUGAGCUUGCAAACUAACUUUACCCGAGAGUGAGUUCCAUGAUGCGCUUUCGGGCCAAGCGCAGUGUUCGCCUCUGAUGCAUGAUGUCUCUUGUUGUGAUUUUUUUACUUUUUUACUUUGUUGACUAACUUUCGUUUCCUUUUUUUGACUGCUAAUAUCCCGUCAUAAAAGAGUGAGUCAGACCGGGUAACUCGAGUGAUAUAACGGGAAACUUGCUGGCCUGCUACUUUUGCUCAAGGAAAGUGUUAACCACGAGUGCUUUUGAUGAUUUAAUUCAAUGGAAACAGUUAGCCUAGCGAUCGAAACUUCUUUUGGAUCAAUUGGGAUCUUUUCGCUGAACCAACACGUAAUUCAAAUCUAAAACAACAAGAUGCUGAACUACAACAACAACAACAUACUGAGCUCCCCCCAUCAUGCCAUGUCCACCCCCACCGGAGCCCUGCUGGACAGGGACAGGAAGGCUGUGGGGACCCCCUCGCUGGGCAGAGGGGUGUCUGUGUACCACUCGGUCACCCUUCCCAACCCCAGCUCCAAGUUCCACCAGAACCAGUUCCUCAACAGCCUGAAGAUAUCAGACCCCUCCUCCUGCUCCGUCACCUCAGGGUUAAUCAGUGGCAGCAACAAGGAGACCCGCAUGAGAGACCGCUCCUUCUCUGAGACAGGCGAGAGGCUCCUACAGAAGUGCCUGGGGCCGGCUAGUCCUACCAGCCUGGGAUGCAACAGCCAGAGCCAGCAGCAGAGCCAGGUCAACUCCAGCCGCUACAAGACGGAGCUGUGCCGUCCGUUCGAGGAGAACGGAGCCUGCAAGUAUGGCGACAAGUGUCAGUUCGCCCACGGCAUCCAUGAGCUGCGUUCUCUCAGCCGCCACCCUAAAUACAAAACCGAGCUGUGUCGCACCUUCCACACCAUCGGAUUCUGCCCCUACGGUCCCCGCUGUCACUUCAUCCACAAUGCAGAGGAGCGCCGUGGACCCCCUCCCGGAUCCUCCUCCUUCUCCCCGCUCUCCUCCAAUAAGCUGGAGCGUCCUCGUCUGCAGCACAGUUACAGCUUCGCAGGGUUCCCCAGCUCCGGGGGUCUGAGAGGAGAGGGCAGCCUCACCCCUACACCCAUGUUCUCCCCAGAAGAGAUGCCUGAGUGGCCAAGCUGCAACCCCUUCACAUAUUCCAGCCAGGAGCUGGCCAACCUGUUUGGCCCCAGCCUGGGAUCCGGCGGCCCCGCGGGGACCGAACCCAACACCCCUGCACCCCUGUCUCCGACCAACACCCCCUACUUCUUUAGGCCCAUGUCGGAGUCCCCCACUCAGAUGUUUGAGUCUCCGUCCAGCCCUCCACAGGACUCCCUGUCAGACCAGGAGGGGUAUCAGAGCAGCUCAGGGGGCAGUCUCAGCGGGUCAGAGUCCCCCAGCCUGGACACCAACAGACGCCUCCCCAUCUUUAGCCGCCUCUCUGUCUCUGACGACUAGACUGCUCCUAAUUAAUGUACGUUAGCCGUCGCCUCCCAGAAAGAGAAAAUGAAUGGACAAUGGCACUCCCCUCUACCAUGGUCCCCUGCCCCUUUCCUCCACAAAACAAUAUCAAUUUAUUUCCAAGUUUGAAUGAUCUAAGGAUAAAGUGACUUAAUUAAGGGAACUUGUUUUCAAAUCACCCCAGAAAUCUCUUCCCUGCUGUUUACUCCCCUCCCCCUCAUAGAGCCUACCCUGUCUUCUGGCAUAGUGCCAAAAUGGGAGAGGAAAUGAAUGAACAAUGAGAAUGAUGGUGUGAGAAAGAAGAAAAAAAAAUAGAUUGUUAGACUGUUGUUUUGCCGGGUGCCACCUGUCUUUCUGUUCUUGAACACUUAGCAGUGCUAGUGGGCCUUUGGCACGGGAAGUGUAUCAUCACACCACACGCCCCACUCUUCCACCACCACCAUCCUCUGACGUUACCACCUCUCAAGCGCACUUCCCUGGUCUACUCUGCGCUGAGCUCGCUGGAGGGUGCUCAGUAACAAACCCUGUCCUCAGAUCAACCACAGCUGUUUUUACUACAGACUUUGAGCAACAACAAAAAAUACAUAAACUGAAAUGAUAUGAAUAGUUUUAAAACAAAGUGCCAGGGGCAGUUGGUUCGUGCGUAGCAUGUGUGAGAGUUGAUUGGAUGGAUGGAUGGAUGGACUACUGUCUGAGAGUUUUUGAUUCAAUGUCGACUUGUCCCGUCAUAGUUCUUCUCAAGCAUUCUUUGUUGAGUCUCAUUUUAUGUAAUAGCGGAGCAGGACCGGAGCAGGAAGUGACUGACAGACACAGGAAGUGUUGCUGGUCACUGGCAGUUGUGUUUCUGGGAAGGAAGGAUGAAGGAUGUCUUUUAAUGUCUAACUGGUUAUUAAACCUUGAAGACGAUUUGGUUUCUGUCCUGCUCCCUCUCUCCUUCCCAGCCCACCUCCGUCCAUGCUGUUCUGCAGGCAGCAGGGAAUUCCAGCAUUCCCAUGGUGCAGUUCUUCCACUUCCUGCAACUUGAGAUGGGAUCUCUAAGCUAUCUUAUUUUUCCUCUUCAUUUUUUAUUGUUAUUAUUAUAGUUAUUGUUUGUUUUAAAACUUUCCAAGCAUUGGUGCUUGUCACUGCUUAUUUAACUUAUCGAAACAUAUUUAUUGGUGAUCAUAUGCAUUUAGUUUUUUUGUUUGUUAAUUUUGUAUUUAUCUGGAUAAUGAACAAUAGAAUAUAUUUUCUUUUUAUGUUAAAUUAUGAUCUUCGGUAUUAAUCUAAAGAUUGUGAAGAUGUUUUGUCAGUUUCCUUUUCUUUUUUUUUCUCCCACAGUUUAAUAUAUUGUACUACAAAGACUGCAACAAUAUUUGUAACUACACUUUGUUAAAAUAAAACUUAAUUUAAAGCAACAAAAAAAUACAGGAUUUUUUUUUUUUUAGCAUUUUGAUUAUUUAUUUGUUUUCCCCAUUAUUGGACUGCAAUUCUAGCAAAAUAAUACCUGUUGCAUUAUCAUCCCGUGACUGUCCUAUCCUCCCUUACUCUGUAGAACGUUUUCUCUGACCGUAACAGUACUUUACUGUUCCUACUUCGUUCGGCUGUUUGUAUUCUAUUAAAUCACACCAGCUUGGUUCCAUAUGGAGACCAAUCAGGAUUCUCUUUCAUAAUUAUGACUAAAGUGGUAAAACCAAGAGGUACAACACAUAAUGAUGAGUAUCCCCAUGUUCACUCUCACAUCCUGAUUUAAGUGUAGGGUUUAAAGGAAGGUUAUGGCUGAAUGUUGUGUAAUACACUUUAACCAAGGAUUUAGAGGGAAAAUACUGUUUGUAUUACAAGCAAUAGCAGUGACCAAAUGGGUUGAGGAGAAGACAUCUGUGUUUUUGAUUGGAUGUUUGAUUCACUUGCAACUGUUAUAAAGGGCCUACUUUUGAAUACAUUCCAGGUAGCAAACUAAGGACUUUUAUAUUAAACGAUGGAAGAUGGUGAAAUUGUUUUAAUUCCUUGUUCCGUGUUUCCUUAAAGUUUUGAGCAAGGUUAAACCGGAUUAUUGACACAAAGAAAGUACAACUGUUGAAUGUAUUUUUCCAGCCAUGGUUUUUCACUACAGUCAUUUCUAUGUGAGUUUAUAUUAAAAACUGAUUUCUCUUUUUGUAACUAUUGAUUGCAGUUAACCAAUAAACCCUGUAUUUUUGAA